CAAAUUCGUUUCUUUUUCUUCAGUUUUCUUUUUCUAAUUACUUUCCUUUUUCUUCUCGCUAAUUUUCUAAUUAAUCUAAUUAAUUAAUUAUUACGUUAAUUUCAUCAUUCCUUAUAAAUUGUGUUAUCCCUUUCUCUAUCUUUCUCAAUUUACCAUCACAAUCAUCACGAUCCACAAUCUUCUACUGUAGCAUUUUUUUUUUCCUCUUCUUAUCCGAAAAAAAAAAAAUGAGUUCCACCAUAACUGAACUUGAACAAGAAGAAUUGCUUGAAAAAUCAGAAGUUUUCAAGAUCAAAGGCAGAGACAAGCAUGGCCGCAAGAUCCUCCGCAUUAUCGGAAAAUUCUUCCCUGCGCGAUUGGUUAGCGUUGAUGUUCUGAAGAAGUAUUUGGAAGAGAGGAUUUUCCCGAAACUAGGGAAGAAGAAAUUCGCGGUGUUGUAUGUUCACACUGGUGUUCAGAGGAGCGAGAAUUUUGCCGGAAUUUCAUCUCUCCGAUCGAUCUACGACGCGAUUCCGGCUAACGUGAAAGAGAAUUUAGAAGCGGUUUAUUUUAUUCAUCCUGGUUUACAGUCUCGUCUUUUUCUCGCUACUUUUGGCCGUUUUCUCUUCAACGCUGGGUUGUACAGGAAGCUAAGGUAUAUUAGCAGGAUUGGUUAUCUAUGGGAAAACGUGAGGAGGAAUGAAGUGGAGAUUCCAGAGUUCGUAUAUGAUCAUGAUGAAGAUUUGGAGUAUCGUCCGAUGAUGGAUUAUGGAUUGGAGAGUGAUCAUGCUAGGGUUUAUGGUACUACUCCGGCACUAGAUUCGCCAGUGACCACUUACUCAAUGAGGUGUAUCUCAUAGGGUUUAGAGUUUGGUUGAGUUAACUCUAGCCGUGGAUUUCGAGUUGUUGGAUUAAGAUCGGACAAUAAUUUGUAUCUAAAAUAGUUAUGGAGGGGUCAUAGAUAUGUCAUAUGUGAAUAUUAUAUUAUUGUGUAGAAAGAAAAAGAAAAAGGACGAAAAGAAUGGUUGCCUUUUGUUUA